UUUCUCUUUUUGUGACGAAUAUUUAUCACUGAUAUAGUUUUCCCGAUCAUCUUUCAGAUCAAAUAAUUAAUUAAGAAAAAGACGAAAGAAAUGGUUCAAGAGCUUCAGCAUCAGCCUGAGGAUUUCUUCAAUCUCAGCACAUUGGCCGAAGUAACAAUGAUUGCCGGCAAACUCAGUACAACUGACAUCAAUGAGAUAAAAAAUUACAUUAAUAAGUCUGAUGAUCUCCACAUGGAACAGAACAAGAAUUAUCAGGAAAAUUCUGAAAAAAUAUUACUUUUUCAUGACUCAAAAAAUCAUUACGAAUCAACAAAGAAAAAAUGGAAGAAUGAUUGGGAAAAUUUCAAAGACCGAAACCCUCAUUACAAGAAAAUUCUGACACUAGAUAACUCACCAACGUCAGUAUCAUCAAAAUCUUAUGCGUUUCUUUCCUCCUCUUGUUCAUCGGUUUCAUCAGACGAUGAUUCAACCAAAAGUCUUCUUAGCUACUCACACAAAGUAUUUGAUCGAAAAAAACAGCGUUCAUUCAAGCAAUCUUCAACAGAAAGUGAAUACGACUUUCAUUUUGAAAACCAUAGAGAGGUAAAUUAUGACGCAAUCAAGGAUACGUCUUGUGAUAAUAGUAGUUCCGCUAAGAAGUUAAAAAGUGAUGAAACAUUGAAUGACAAAAAUGAAAUUGAUAAUAGUCUGAUGGAUGAAACUUCUGAUGGAAAGUUAGAUGAUCAAUCAAUGAGCGAUCAUAUUUGUAUAGAGUGUGGGAAAAAAUAUAGCACAAGCUCAAAUCUUGCCCGACAUCGCCAGACACAUAGGUCCCUUCAGGACAAAAAAGCUCGCAGAUGUCCAAUAUGUGAUAAAGUUUACGUUUCAAUGCCGGCAUUUUCGAUGCACGUUCGUACUCACAAUCAGAAUUGUCAAUGUCCGCAUUGCGGAAAAUCAUUUUCAAGACCUUGGUUGCUUCAAGGGCACAUCAGAACACAUACCGGUGAGAAGCCUUUCAAAUGCAACUUCAUAGGAUGUCUAAAAGCAUUUGCUGAUAAAAGCAACUUAAGAGCCCAUGUUCAAACACAUUCAAAUACAAAGCCUCACUCAUGUGAAAAAUGUGGAAAAAGGUUCGCACUGAAGAGCUACUUGUACAAGCAUGAGGAAUCUUCCUGUAUGAAAAAUAAGUCGGAACCGAAACAGAAACAGAAACGUUUGGGGAAAGCUAGAAAACAGGAAAAUUUAAAUUUUAAAAGCAACCAAGCAAAGUUCACGUCAAACACAUUUAAAAGUCAGCAAAGUGCUUUUGUGAAGGAAAAAAUUAAAGAAAUACUCGAAGAUGGACAAAAGAAGACUUUCAUUACAUUAAAGCCUCGGCAGGAAGUUAGAAUGAUAAAUGAAAAUAAUCUUGAGAACAGAAUAAGUGUUAUUCGUUCAGUUUCGUCGUUACUUGAUAGCCAAAAACAAAUUUCAACUUCUGAAUAUCAGCUAAAUGAAAAGUACAAAAGUUUUCAGUCGUAAAAAUAAUAAUCAGAUUUUACCUUUUUAUCAAGAAAUCUUAAAUACAAUCUGCAAUCUUUUUUCAUUAUCUCUUUGUUGAUGUGCAAAAUAUUUAAUUAUAUAUUCACUCACUUAUAUUGAAAAAAUGUUCCCUUGAAAAUACAAAGAAUUUACUUUGUAGUUAUCUGGAA